GCAGCGCCGUAGACACCAUGGCUCUGUCUCUGGGCUGGCUGUCCGCUGCAGUCUCCGGUCUGGUCUGCGCGCACGCGCUGCAGCGUCUCUGCUUCCCGUACUUCUGGCGGGACCUGGUCUUCCUGCUGCGGGUGGUCCGGUAUGGCGCGAGGCUGGAGUUCUACAGGUGGAGGCGCAGCGUGCGCACCGUCCUGGACAGGUUCGUGGAGCAGGCGCAGCGCGUGCCCAACAAGCCUUUCGUCAUCUACGAGGGGACCGCGCACACCUACCGGGACGUGGAGCAGCGCAGCAACCGGCUGGCGAACGUCUUUCUGGACUCGGUCGGGCUGCAGAGAGGAGACUGCGUCGCCAUGCUCAUGAACAACGAACCGGAUUACCUGUGCGUGUGGUUCGGGCUGGCCAAGGUGGGCUGCACGGCGGCGUUCCUCAACACCAACAUCAGAUCCGGGUCUCUGCUGCACUGCCUGGACUGCUGCGGCGCCCGGACCCUGGUUGUGGGUUCAGAUUUAUUGGAGUGUCUGGAAAGCAUACUGCUUGAUCUGCAACAGAGGAACAUCCAGGUGUGGACCAUGAAGAGCCAUGUGAGGUAUCCACAUGUGUGCUCUUUGCUGGAGCAGCUUGAUGUUGGGUCGGACAAGCUAGUACCUGCAGAGCUGCGAGCAACCACCUCCAUCACAGCUCCAGCGAUGUACAUCUUUACCUCCGGAACAACAGGGCUCCCUAAAGCGGCGGUGAUCACUCACCUGCAGAGCCUGAAGGCAGCAUCGGGAUUUUCAGCAUUUGGAGCGACUGAAUCCGAUGUGAUUUACACGUCUCUCCCUCUUUACCACAGCGCAGCAUCAUUGGUGGGAAUAGGAGGAACCAUUGAGCUUGGUGCAACUUGUGUCUUAAAGAAAAAGUUCUCAGCAUCCCAGUUUUGGCCUGACUGCAGAAAUCACGGAGUGACAAUUUUCCAGUAUAUUGGUGAACUUUGCAGAUAUCUCUGCAACCAACCUAAGACAGAAAUGGAUCAAGUUCAUAAAGUCAGAAUGGGAGUCGGGAAUGGGCUGCGACAAGAUGUAUGGCGAGAGUUUCUACUUCGCUUUGGAAACAUUAAAUUGUGUGAAAUUUAUGGCUCCACUGAGGGAAACCUGUGUUUUAUGAACCACAUUGGCAAGACUGGAGCUGUGGGACGAUCCAAUGUCUUCUACAAGCUCCUAUUUAAGUAUGACCUGGUGAAAUAUGACAUGGUAAAAGAUGAGCCAGUGAGAGACCAGCACGGCUUUUGUCAGCGAGUGAAGAAGGGGGAAACUGGACUUUUGCUGUCCAGGGUGAGCGCCAUCAGCCCGUUCUUUGGUUAUGCUGGAAACAAGCAACUGACUGAGAAAAGGUUGAUGAGAAAUGUGUUGGUGAAAGGGGAUGCCUACUUUAACACUGGUGACCUCAUGGCUGAAGACCAGGAGGGUUUCAUUUGCUUCAGGGACCGUGUAGGAGAUACCUUCAGGUGGAAAGGAGAAAACGUUGCAACCACAGAGGUAGCAGAAGUUCUUAGUGUGGUGGAUUUUGUUCAGGAAGUCAACGUUUACGGAGUGGAAAUACCAGGUCAUGAAGGCAGAGCGGGAAUGGCAGCCCUGAUCAUCAGACCUGGCUUUGCAUUUGACGGGGACAAACUGUUUGACUGUGCCGUAAAAGACCUGCCGACGUACGCCCGUCCGCUGUUCGCCAGAUUGCGGGAUACAUUGGAAAUGACCAGCACCUUCAAGCAGCAGAAGUUCCAGUUGGUACAGAGCGGCUUCAACCCCUCAACCAUCUCGGACCCGCUUUAUGUGCUAGACUACCAUCAGAAGAGCUACGUUCCUCUUACAGAUCAGAUUUACCAGAAUGUUGUGAGUGGGGAAUGGAAGCUGUGAAAGGAAGAUGAAGCUCAGUGGGAUCUAGAGCCUUGAAGGAUGUGAUUCUGGGAAAAUUAAGCACUAUAUCAUUUUUAAAAUAACACACAUCAUUAUGAUUACCUGGAAGAGAUACGGUAAAAAACAGAUUGUUAAAAUUACACUGAAAAAAUGUAUAAACACAACACUUUUGUUUUUGCUCCCAUUUGUCGUGAAAAGAACUCAGAUCUGAAACUGUCGCAGUUAGGCGAGCAGGAGAAAACCCAGAUGCAGGGAAGAACCAUGAGCACAAUGAAGCAAAGUCCCAAGGUUUUAUUUACAAGGGUUCAACUUAGGUAUCAUAGACUCAGGGGACUAAAACGCACAAGAUGAGCCGACACUAAGAGGGAGUUCCCUAAAUACAGUUAGGGCUGAUAAACAAGGUGUAGGCAGCUGUGACUGCUCCAGGGAUCCCCAGGGGAAUGGGCGGAGUCACAGCCACCACAAAAAACAAACCAGUAACCCACAAAAGAAAAAUGUUCAACAAACAUCUGUGAUAGUCAGCACUUCUUGGUGAGAGAAUCCAUCCCACCUCAAAGCUGUGCCAUAUCAAGAUGCUGGUUGGACGCUAUCACAGAUUUAGACACAUAUCUCAACAAUAUUUGUGUUUGUAGAAAAUGUUUCAGAUCUUAUGACAAAUAGGAACAAAAACUAAAGUGUUUUGCUUGUACAUUUGUAGUGUAGUUAAGGACUAGGCACAUUUUCUUGGCUUCUUGCAAUCACAAAUCAACUUUUUAGAAUGUUGGCAAAAAAAGUUUUUUGUAGUAAAUCAGACCAAUCUCAUGAAAACAGACAAGUCAACACUAAAAGUUCUUUGUAAGUGUUCUUGCUCAUUAUUGUCAAUGACAGUCUGUGUUACGGUGAACAAAAGACCUUAACCUCACUGAAAAAUAAAAUAAGAAAAUUCUAACAACA